UCACAUAUACAAGAAGAAGAUUAUGAACAUGCAAAAACUGUUUGGAGUCACUUUGGAUGCAAGACUUUGGGUGAAUACAGUGAUCUAUAUCUGAAAAUUGAUGUUUUAUUGUUGGCUGACGUGUUUGAGAACUUCAGAGACCUAUGUUUAACCACAUACUGUUUGGACCCAUCUUUUUACUAUACAGCACCAGGAUUCUCCUUUGAUUGUAUGUUAAAAUAUACCAGAGUCAAAUUAGAGUUACUCACAGAGUAUGAUAUGCUGUUGAUGAUUGAAAAGGGAAUUCGAGGUGGUUUGACACAAGCAAGUAUGAGGUAUGCUAAAGCUAAUAAUGAAAAGACCCCAGAUUAUGAUCCAACAAAGCCCAAAUCAUGGUUAAUUUAUCAAGAUUGUAAUAAUCUGUACGGUUGGGCAAUGUCACAACACAUGCCCUAUGGUGGUUUUAAGUGGGUUGAACCUAAACUAGAAGGGCUGAAUGAUUUGAACGAUACAUCACCCAUCGGACGGAUAUAUGAAGUUGACAUUACUUAUCCAAAAGAACUCCACGAUAAACACAACGACUUUCCUUUCUUACCACAAAAUGGUAUCCCAGCUGGUUCAAAAGUUAAAAAACUCAUGGCAACACUUCAGUCGAAAAAAAACUAUAUUAUACAUUACCGAAACCUUCAGCAAGCUAUAGCCAAUGGACUCAUAGUUGAAAAAGUUCAUAGAGUAGUUCAGUUUAAUCAAUCACCAUGGCUGGCUCCAUACAUAGCACUAAACACAGAGAUGCGAAAAAAAGCAGCAAAUGACUUUGAGAAAGACUUUUUCAAACUUUUAAAUAAUGCGGUUUUUGGGAAAACCAUGGAGUCUAUGCGGAAAAGAAUAAAAAUGGAACUGGUGUCUAGUGAUCGUCGUUUACAAAAACUGAUAAAUCAGUCAACAUUCAAACACUGUACCACAUACAAUGAAACUCUAAAUGCAGUUGCAUUAGAAAACAAAAUCAUUGAUUUUUGUAAACCUAUUUAUAUAGGUUUUGCAGUGCUGGAAAUUUCCAAGUAUUUAAUGUAUGACUAUCACUAUAACGUAAUGCAGAAACAUUAUGAUGAUAAAAUUGAGCUCAUGUAUACAGAUACAGGAAUUAAUUCAUUGGAUUUAAGUCUUAUGAAAGAUAACAACAAGGUAAAUUUUCUUCAUCACAUAUUUGAUCCAGUCGAGGACAACCCAAGUCUUCAAUGUGAUGACUGCAACGUGUGGUAUAUACUCUAUAAGUAG